UACACAAAGAAUCCCAAAUAAAUGCUAAAACCGGUUUUGCAAGCCUCUCCGUGGUAAACCCAGCCGACGUGAGUUAAAAUAAUAGAGAAAAAUAUGCGCCUCUUGUCACUUCAUUUUUGCCGAAGGAAGCGGCCAACCGCCGCCAACAUUAGGGCUAUUUUUUGAAAAAAAUUCAUAUAGUGAAAAUGUUGUUUUUAAACGCUUUGCUCUUUAUAUUAACUGAAGGAAUAUUAAGUCAAAUUAUUACAAGAGAAGAGUGCGAGUCACACGAAAACUGGUACCUACCAGCACCAGUUUUCGACCAGGGUGAAAAUCUCAGUUUUGAAGGGUGUGGAAUUGUACCACCUGGUAUUAGCAACACGUCCUUGCCCCCUUGGCACGUAGUUUUAGGGCAAGGAGACUGCGUCGGUGUGCUGAUUUCUCGACGGGCAAUCCUAGUUAACCAGACACCGUUUGGUUUGUGUGCAUUGAACGAGAGAGCUUCUGCGACCAACAAAAAUGGUUUUUGGGGCCCAUUAAUCGCCUUCCUCGGCCAAUGCGUCCACAAUCAGAAGCCCGAUUGUGCAGCUAAUGAACAUGGGUUCAUCAGGGAGGUUCGGCAGGUUCGCCGCCUUGAUGUUUAUCCCGAAGACAAUCUUUUUGUGCUGAUAAUCGACAGAUUACCACGGCCUUUUCCUGACUCCGUGAAACCAGUGUGUCUUUUCAACGAGGACAAUCUGAUGGACUCCAAAAUUACCUUUUAUACUAGUCUAAGCGUCACCCCUGAAUUUCGUGUGACACCAAGUGUGCGCGACUGCAUGCCUGAUAAAAUGAUGAUUGACCGGUGCAAAAGAUACAAAUUCGCUAUUUGCAUGAUUGCGGACGACAAAUCUAACACCGAGCAGAGGAACGCGCUUUUCAAGGUGGAUUCAAUUGGACGAUACUUUUUGCGUGGAGUUGCGUUUGUCAACAGUCGCAAUGUGGUGCACUCUAAUCUAGCUUUCCAUGACAUUCUCAAAAUUGUGGAUGCCAUCGUUCGUGAGACACUAGACCUCCACCGCCUUCCCGAUCUAACCUCUAAAGUUGAAACUCAUGCAGUUUUUGCUGAAUCUGAGAAGCUGAGCUAUCCAAACUGCGGACUUGAAACAGGGGAUACCAGGCAAAAACGACAGGUGUUGGAAAGUGCCGACGUGUCGACAGUUGGUUUUGUUUUGGGGGGUCUUGCUGCCGUAAAGGGACGACAUACCUGGCACGCUCACAUCACCAUAGGAUCGCAGAAAUUAGGCCUGAACAGCUGCGGCGGCUCGCUUAUUUCCGACAAAGCUGUUCUAACAGCGGCUCACUGCUUAUACGUGGACGAAAAACUAGCAUCCCCAAUUGAUCUGCACGUUACUUUGGGCAUGUGGAAUUUAAGUGCUCCGCAUGAGAGCUCAAGACAGUUUCAGCAGCCCCAGCGGAUCAUUCUGAGCAAAGGAUACGACCCAACAUCCAGAAAUUUUCGUCACGAUGUCGCGGUCUUGACGUUCUCGAAACCCUUCCGUUUUACCGAUGACGUGAAACCAAUCUGUUUGUGGAAAUUUGAAGAGGACAUCGAUGACAUUGCUGACGAAACCGGCGUGGUCGUCGGCUGGGGUUUGACUGAUGGGUACAAAAGGACACAAGUCCUGCAGCGUUUGGAUCUGACUAUUCGCUCCAACUACGAUUGCUUCUUGCAAAAUCGGCCUUUUUUCUCCACUCACCUAAAGCCAGGCCUGAAUUUCUGUGCUGGGAACUCGAAUGGAACAAAUGCUUGUAAUGGCGACAGUGGCGGUGGACUGAUGGUGCGUCGUGGCGCCAGGUGGUUCCUGCGCGGAAUUGUUAGCUUUGGCAAGUCGAAGAUAUCAGAGGCGUUUCCUGACGGCCCUGUUUGUGACCCUCGCUACUACUCGUUAUUCACUGACAUCGCACCGUUCCUUCCCUGGAUUGCAUCAGUUGGUCUAAAACACUAAUUUUUUCAACAAUUUUUUCUUAACUCCGCAUGCUUAAAAGCUCAAAUUGACUUUAAUGACGUUUUAAAGUUCGUGCUUUUUAAAAGCUAUGUAUUAAAAAUUAAUUCAUUCCAGAAAAAUAAACAGAAACAAAGAGAUUAGUAUUUAUUUGAAAUGUGCACAUAAACCACACGAGAUGCUCAUGGACGACGGAAAUGAGGGGAAAUUAAUUUCAUUUUCAGUGGAAAUCCGCUAACUUGCAUUUGUGACGUAGUGACUGUGGAAUUCAAUCACAAUGCCACUCUCCACCGAAUAAUCUCUCGAAUAUACUAUCAUCACUCGUGAUUUUUAGUUUUAAAAUGAACUUUUUAAGGUUGGGACUUUGUGCAUGUUUGGUGCUGACACUUUUAGGCAUUUGGGCCUCACAGGUUAGCCAACGAUUUUUUUUAAAAGCAUUUCAGAAAUUUAGAUCACAAAUUACCAUAAUUUCUCGCGCUCUUAUAUUAUUUAAAUAAAAAAUUCAAACUGCUCA